GAUACAAUCGCACCAGCUACUUCUACCCCACAUUCUCAGAGAGCUCAGAGCACAGCCAUCUGUUGGUGUCUCCCGUGCUGGUGGCGAGUGCUGUCAUCGGUGUGGUCAUCAUCCUCUCCUGCAUCACCAUCAUCGUGGGCAGCCUCCGCAGGGAGAGGCAGGCCCGGCUCCAGCGGCACCGCCACCGCCACCGCCGCCACCACCACCACCACCAUCACCACCGCAGGCGCCGACACCGAGAGUACGAGCACAGCUACGUGUCAGACGGGCACACAUACAGCCGCUCAAGUCACAGGAUGCGUGACGCCUGCAGCACCACUGAGGACUGGCCCCCACCCUUGGACAUCAGCUCUGACGGGGACGUGGAUGCCACUGUGCUCAGGGAGCUAUACCCAGAUUCUCCACCAGGCUAUGAGGAGUGUGUGGGGCCAGGGGCCACUCAGCUGUACAUCCCCACGGAUGCUCCACCACCCUACUCACUGACUGACUCCUGCCCCAUGCUGGAUGGUGCCCUCAGCUCCAGCAGCGACCACAGCCCCAGCCAACACCAGCAGGAGCAGAGGACCCCAGGCCAGGGCGGCCUCCGUACCAUCUCCAUGGACACCCUACCCCCCUACGAGGCCGUGUGUGGGGCCAGCCCCCCAUCGGGCCUGCUGCCGCUGCCAGGACCAGGACCAGGGCCGAGGAGCUCUCCAGGCUCUCCCACCCCCACUCGGGCCCCAGCCUCUGGCCCAGAGAGGAUUGUGUGAGUGGCCAGGUCCUG